GCGAGCAGACUGAAAGGAACAGCUCCUGGUGCAGAACCAAGGGAUUUGGAUAUUUGGAGGAUUUAAAACAAACAAAACAAAAAAUAAUUCCGUGUGCUGAAGAAACCUGAAUUUGAUUGCACGCUGACAAAAAAAAAGAACGAAAACAAUGGGUGUUUUUAACAAGGCUGAGAAGAGGACGAGGCGUCAUCCGACAUUUCUUCUUUUCUGCGCCGUCCUGCACUGCGCGUCUGCGGUGACGCACUACUCCGUCCCGGAGGAAAUGGAGGAAGGAUCUGUCGUGGCAAACUUAGCUGCGGAUUUAGGUCUGGAUGUAAAAACGCUGAUUGAGAGGAAAGUGCGCCUGGAGACCAUUGCCAGUGGGAGAUAUCUGGACUUGAACAAAGAAACCGGCGAGCUGCACAUUGCCGAGCGCAUAGACAGGGAGGCUCUGUGUCCCGUAAAGACUUCAUUGUCGUCAUGUUACCUGAAAAUGGAGGUAAUAAUCGAGAAUCCCAAACGAAUAUUUUACAUUGAAUUAGAGGUGCUGGAUAUAAAUGACAACGCUCCUCAUUUCCGACGGGACACCAUUGAUUUGGAUAUUUCAGAGGCGACGCAGGCAGGUGAGCGCUUCUCUGUGAGCAAUGCAGUGGACCCUGACGUCGGCUCCAAUUCUGUGAAAACAUACCAAUUAAGCGAAAGUAAAUAUUUCACUAUAGAAAUUCAGACUGGAAGAGAUGGGUCUAAAUUCGCUGAUUUGAUUCUGAAAGAGGCUUUAGACCGAGAGCUGCAGGCUGUGCAUAAUUUAGUACUAACGGCAGUAGAUGGCGGUACACCCUCACGUUCUGGCACUGCCAGGAUUAUUGUUCAGGUUUUGGACACCAACGACAACGCUCCUUUGUUUGAUGAAUCUAUUUACAGUGUGAACAUAAUGGAGAAUUCUCCUAUUGGAAACCUUGUCAUUGAUUUAAAUGCUACUGACUUAGAUGAAGGUUCCAACUCUGAUUUAACAUAUUCAUAUAGUUUAUACACACCAGAGAAAACACAAGAAACAUUUCACUUAAAUCCGACUACUGGUGAGAUUACCGUUAAAGGAAUGUUGAAUUAUGAAGAUUUUAAGAUUUAUGAUAUGGAAGUUAUAGCAGCAGACAAAGGAGUCAACAGUUUAUCAGGACAAUGUACAAUUAAAAUUCAAGUUGAGGACAUGAAUGACAACCAUCCAGAAAUAUCUAUUAAAUCGUUCCAAAGUCCGGUCAGUGAGAAUAUUGAUGUUGACACGGUGAUAGCAGUGGUCAGUGUGAGUGAUAAGGACUCAGGUGACAAUGGAGUAGUGGAUCUUCACAUUCCUCAUAAAAUGCCUUUUAAACUGAGGGAGUCCUCUGAUAACUAUUACGAGUUAGUGGUCUCCGAGCCAUUAGACCGUGAGAAGGUUCCAGAAUAUGACAUCACCUUCACUGUCACAGACCGAGGCUCCCCUCCUUUAAGUGACAAUGAAACCAUGACUUUACAUCUGCUGGAUGUGAAUGAUAAUGUUCCACACUUCCCUCAGUCCUUUUAUACCAUACGUGUGAUGGAGAAUAACGCUCCUGGCGCCUUGCUCAGUUCACUCAGUGCGUUUGACCCUGACCUCCACGAGAACCAGUACCUAGUUUACUUCAUCCUAGAGAAGGAGAUCGUCAACACCUCCAUGUCCAUGCUGUUCUCCAUCAAUCCAGAGAACGGGAACCUUUACGCACUAAAGACUUUUGACUAUGAGAUGGAGAAGGAUUUUCUUUUCCACAUUGAGGCCAGAGACUCUGGCUCUCCUCCACUCAGCAGCAACGUGACAGUCCACAUCAUCAUUAUGGACCAGAACGACAACGCUCCGGUUAUUGUCUCUCCUUGGCGAGCGCACGGCUCCGUGGUGGAGGAGAAGAUCCCCAGAUCCACUGAUAAAGGUUCUCUGGUCGCCAAGGUGAUAGCUUUGGAUGUGGACUCGGUGCACAACUCUCGCAUCACCUACCACUUCCUGCAGGUGACUGAUGCCACCUUGUUCAGUCUGGACCAGUACAACGGAGAGAUCCGCACCAUGAGGAUGUUCAGUUACAAAGAUCCACGUCACCAGAGACUGGUUGUUGUUGCCAAGGACAACGGGGAUCCGGCUCUCUCUGCUACAGUCACCAUCAAGCUGUCCACGAUGGAGACUGCUGUGAAGGCCCACUCGGACAUGACUGAGGUGCCCAUGGAAUACGACAUCUUCUCAGACCUCAACCUGUAUUUGGUCAUCGGUCUGGGCUCAGUGUCCUUCCUGCUGCUCAUCACCAUCUUAGUCACCAUCGUGCUCAAGUGUCAGAAUACCAAGCCCAGCAUAACGGCUCCUCCCAGCAGGAACAGUGUGAUCAGUGAGAGGAACUCCACCAUCGCAGAUUCCACUCUGGUGUCCAACGACGCCUACUGGUACAGUCUGUUUCUGGCAGAGACCAGGAAAGGAAAGAUGGUGGUCCGGCAGCCUGUGCCAAAAGGUUCCAGAUACAUCGUGUCCAGUAUUCCCAGGAGCACAGGCAUGUCUGAGACUAGUGGCUCUGCUCCUUCAACCUUGCAGGUAUGGAAUAACACAAUAUUUCUGUGUUGUACUAAUCAGUAUAAUGUUAUAUCUUAAUUGAAUUCAGGACUGUAAUUUUGCAUAUCUACGGCAUUUUGAUGAUCAAUAUUUUUUAGUUCUUUAUCAUCUUAUCCAUUCAUAGGUCAAGUAAAUCCUGAUAAUAGAGCAUUGCUGUUCUAUAAUAUUCAGGUAAACUCAACAUUGGUGACUUUUAGAUGUGCUCCUUGGUAAAUAUACAAUAAGUCAAAAUUUAGAAUAUCCACGUUUAUAAUGAAUUUACAAAAUCUAUAAGAUAAGGAAUGCUUAAUUUUACACUAAUUUUCCAAUACUUAAGGAACACACGUUCAUUAAAAAGGCACUGUUUUAAUUGUAUUUUCUAUUCCCACCGUACAUUUUAUUUUAUUUUUUGUAUUUUAUUUACAAAAAAAACACAAAGGUUUGAAAAAAAUCUGGAGAUAAAUACAAAUUACGGCGCAGAGUAUAGGCUACAUGUGCAGACUUAGGCAACAGCAACUCUAUGAAAGAACCUACUCAAAAGCCUCAGUUACUGAUUCUAGUCAUCACCUGCCCAUCUAGCUGGAUCAGGCCAAAAUAUGUCAUCCACAAUCCUUAUAUGAGUUUGAGUUUGAGUUUGAGUUUGAGAUUGAGUUUGAGUUUGAGUUUAUUUGGAACAUGCAUGCAUACAACAUGAUACAUCACUAUUUCCAGUUUCUCUAUUCAACAUGUUCUUUUACAUAACAGUUGCUAAAACUUUUGUUCACUUCCUGUUCUCAAUGUAUUCACAAUAUACUCCGUAAGUAAUGAAAACAAAAAUACAUUAAUUAUUAAUUAAUAAUAAUUAGUGAAGUAAGUUACAUUUCAUAUGGUGAGAUGAGUAAGAUUAUCUAGAAAAUGAAUGGAUGGAUGAAAUAAAUUCUGAAUUUUUAUCAUGGUUCUUCUUCUUUGUACUUUGUAAACACUUUAAGUGUGAAGAGUUUAUUGAAGUGGAUCUUUUAGUACAUUGUUUGAUUUAUUUGCUUAAUCCAUUCCAUAAUUUAGUUCCACAUACUGAUAUAGUGAAGGUCUCAAAGGCCUACUGAAAUGCGAUUUUCUUAUUUAAACGGGGA